AUUUAGAUUUUGAUUUGUUUCAUCAACACUGUUGUUAAAGAUCUCGAAACGUUAUAAAAAUGGUUUAAAAAAUUGAUUUAAAAUGUCAAUUCAGUGCCCUAUAUGUCUACAACACGUGGUGCAGACUGAUAUCGAAGUCCAUGUAGAAAAAUGUCUUGAACCACAAAAAAAAGAAUCAUAUACACUUAGACAAAAAAGUUCUUCAAUUGUUCCUUCAGAUGUAAAUCCAUUCUUUAAAAAAAAAACACCUAUUAAAAGGAAAUCAACUGAAAAAAGAGAUUUUGAAUCAAAUGAUAAGAAAAAGAAAAAAAAAACUCCAUUAAUUAAUUCAAGUACUCAUGCAAAACCAAGUAUUCGUGAUAUAUUAGAUCAGAAUAAUAACAAUGUUUCUAAUACAGAGUUUGAAUCAUUUUUUUCUUCUAAUGAGGAAAAAGAGAAUAAAUCUCCUGUUAAAUUAGAAGCCAUUGGAAGCAAUUUUAAUGAAAAAUUUGAUGAAAAUAAUUUUUUUCCUAUUUCCCCAGACUCUUUUAAACCCACAAAAUAUAAAAAAGAAAUUGGAAAGUUGAAAUCUCUGCUACUAGGAGACAUUCCACUUGCAGAACAAAUGCGACCAAACAACUUUGAUAAUUUUUAUGGUCAAAACUCUUUUGGUGCUAAAAAUUUGCUCAAAGAGUUGUUUGUUAGUAAUAAAAUACCAUCAUUGAUUUUAUGGGGACCACCUGGAUGUGGAAAGACUAGCUUUGCUCAUAUUAUUUCAAGAAGAUGCAAAGAGUCAGACUCAAAAUAUCGGUUUGUAACACUAUCAGCAACAAUGGCUGGAAUUAACGAUGUGAAAGAUGAAAUUAAAGUUGCCAAAAAUGAGAAGAAAUUAACCAGUAGAAAGACUGUUCUUUUUAUUGAUGAAAUACAUAGAUUUAACAAAAUGCAGCAGGAUACAUUCUUACCAUAUGUUGAGGAUGGAACUAUUGUUCUUAUUGGAGCGACUACAGAAAAUCCAUCUUUUUAUAUAAACAAUGCUCUUAUUAGUAGAUGUCAUGUUGUUGUCUUUAAUAGUCUAGAGACAGAAGUAAUAUUGAAAAUUUUGCAAAAUGCUAUUGAAUUAUUGAAUGAAACAGACCAAGAAGUGGCAAAAUGCAGAUUUGAAGAAGGUGCAUUGAACUUGGUUGCACAGUAUGCUAAUGGUGAUGCUCGUUGUGCAUUGAAUAAGCUUGAUAUGAUAUUACAAGCAAAGAAAGAAUCAAUACAUGUAUCACAGGCAAACUCUCAAAUAUCAUGUGAAUUAAUCAGAGAAGAAUUACAACGUUGUUGUGUAAACUAUGACAAAGCAGGAGAUGAACAUUAUAAUUUGAUAUCUGCUUUACAUAAGAGUAUUCGGGGAUCUGAUGUUGAUGCUUCAAUAUAUUGGUUAGCUCGCAUGCUCGAAGGAGGAGAGAAACCGUUAUACAUAGCAAGAAGAUUGAUUCGCAUUGCUUCUGAAGAUAUAGGUCUUGCUGAUUCAAAUGCAUUACCACAAGCUGUAUCUGCUUAUCAAGCUUGUCACUUUAUAGGAAUGCCAGAGUGUGACAUCAUACUCGCCCAAGUUGUGGUUUAUCUUGCAAAUGCGCCAAAAAGUAUUGCUGUAUACGAAGCAUACAAAAAUGCAAAAGACUUCAUCAAAAACUGCAGUGGCUCACAGCCAGAAGUUCCUUUACAUUUGCGCAAUGCUCCUACCAAAUUGAUGGAGAACCUUGGGUACGGUAAAGAUUAUAAAUAUACUCCUCUAUUUAAAGAGGAUCCUAUGCAAGAAUAUCUUCCAAAAUCGAUGCUCGGGAAAAAGUUUUUUAACGCUACGGAGGAGGGUAACUAAUUU